AUGAGAACUGUCAAUGUCACUAGUGAAUAUUAUUUCAACAUCUUGUCUUGGAAAAAGCCUCUCCCUGGAACUGCAAAGCUGAAUGUUGAUGGUGCUCGAUGUUGUACUAAUGGUUGCAUUGCUGCUGGUGGAGUCUUAAGAGAUUAUAAUGAGGAUUGGAUCUGCAGUUUUCAGGCCAACCUUGACUAUGCAAUAUUAGACAAUUUAAUUCUUCAUGGGAAUAUUGAAUCCCACCCUCUUGGUGCUAUCAUUAAGAGCUGCAGACACAUGCUUUCUCUAUUCGAUUCUGUGAACCUCAUGCAUAUUUUCAGAGAAUGCAAUGGCACAGCGGAUGCUCUUGCUAAAUCAGGACUUGAUCAUGACCAUGGUGUUGUCGUAUUCGACUCCCCUCCUCCCCAAGCUGCUACUGCAUUUCUUGAUGAUCUUUGUGAAGUUUCCAGAUCCAAGUCUUAUGUUAGACUUGUAAUUUAG